AAUGUACGAUUUCAAAUUACGUCUGAAGAUAUUCCAAAGUUCUUUAAGUUAUGAGUGAUUUUAAAGUGCCAACAUGUGGGAGCACAUCAAUGUCGGUAACUACCUUGGAUCCCGUGGAAGCGAUGGACAUAGAUGAACAGAGUGAAUAUGUUUCUGAUGAAAAGGAAGAUAAAGAAUUCGAGAAACUACUUUGGUCUAUAGAUGAUGACACGCUCUUCCAGCCACUUGGUUUUACAAAUCACGGCACCGAUGCUGGGAAAACAGUAUUUGUAACGUGGAAUGAAGAAUAUCUGCUAAAUUUUGUAUUCAAACGCUCAAAGCGAACGAAGAAAAUUAGUUUGACAAAAGUACGUUUGCCAAUGCCUUCAGGAGAAAUAGUAAACGACAUGUUCAUACUCGAAUUGAAUGCCUUGCUGCUUAUGCGAAGUGGACAUGUAUACUAUUUCAGUUCAGUGAAAUCUAUGCAUGCAGUUGACUGGCUCAAUGACACUGGCGGUGGAGUGCGUUGCAUGGCUUUGGCGCCACCAACGGGAUUUAGUUGCAUACGUUAUCUAGCAACAGAGAAGGCGCUUGUGUUAGAGAUGUAUCGAGAUGUGCCAGACAUAGGACGUAAUGCACCCGCAUUAUUGCAGCGUUGUGAUAUUACAUUUGAUGACAGAAAUAUAUUCAACUGUUCAUGGGAGGAUGAACGUUACACACUAGUAUCUCAACAAGUUACGGAAGAUAAUUUAAAUUUUCUAAAGUGUGUACUUAUGGAGGAAGUAGAUUUAGAAGUCGGACAAUGGCUACACAUAUUUACGGUAUCCAGUAACGUAUUUGCAUUGAUUGUAGCCCCAGCCGAGCAUAAUGACGAUGAUAAUGAUAAAAAUACUAGUUGCGAAUAUAACAUACAGUUGCUCUGUACUUACGCUACCAAUGUUGAUUCUGUGCAAAUAGACUGUGUUGAGCAACGCUGUCUUAUUUUUCUGCAAUGUGGUACCAUUGAUAUCUGGUAUUAUUCACGGAUAAUUUGUGGCUUGCGACGCAUGCAACAUCACACUGGUUCACAAUAUAGUCACCAAGUGUAUGCAGCCAGCACACGCUGCUUCUACUUUACAGACGAAGAACAGGUGGCACAACUGCAUUUCAGCUAUAAUGCCGAAACGGACUGUUGUCGUGUGCAAGAGACCUACAAAGUCAUACCUGGCAUGGUAGCAUGUACUUGGGUAGAGACUCAGCGACAGUUGAUUUGUUUAAGUUGCAAUAAUAUAUUUUAUAAAAUUACUUUUGAACCAACAGUCAACGCCAAAGCGUCCAAUGUAAGUGGAAGCUUUUCGGAAGCGAUAAAUACGGAAUAUGAGAAUUUUCAAAAGCUGUACGAGUUGACACCAGCUCGAUUGUCGCGUCUACUCGCACGCGGGGAACUAGUAGACGAAUUGACACAGUUACCGAAACAAAUGCAUGCAGCUGUUGAACAAGAAUGUGUAAAGCAACAAUUGCUUGCCGUUGCCUCAAAUCGUCACCUAUAUCGGUACAUCGCGAAAGCGCGUCUGGUUUACAGUGUGCAAUUGCCAACGGCAUUCCAGCCAGAUGUGAUUAUAAUGUAUGCAAAUAAUUAUUACCAACUACAUCAUGACAGUUAUGUGGCACUUAUAUAUAUGCAAAUCAACAAGGACGAUGUAUUGCACGGCGGUGACAGCCUUUGGCAUUUAUUUAUAAAUGUUGACUGCAGUGAGAGCUAUAUGCUACACAUACCCAAUACGCUACUAGAGCAGCAAUUAUGCAUUGUAAUACCCUUAAAGCGGACUGAAAAGACGCUGCUAGCAGAGUUUGAGAUCAAAUUGUACACGCUUGUGUGCUUGGAGGCCGAUUUUGUGGCGGUGUCGUUGCCCAUUGAUUUGGAAAUAAAUGUUGCUACUUAUGCUGAACUCUUUACUAGCUAUAAACGUUGUGUGACUAUUUGCAACAACUAUGAUAUUCAAAAGUUAAUAGCGAAUUUCCUUAAUCAAAUGCGGAAAAAAGACAAAAAAGCAAAAGUGGAUGAAGCACAGCAAGGAGAGCAUAUAUUGAAACAUACCUUGCACCUGCCCUCCACUUGUCCUUUCAACAGUAUUGCCAAGUGCGUCAAUGUGCCUAAUGUGGUAGCACAAAGCAUUGAAUGUUACUUUAUGUCAACAGCCAUCAAAAUUACACAUAUGCCCGCAGAGAAGUAUAUAAUUUUGGAAAGUAUGGAUCCAGUAGCAUUAUGUUAUCUCAAGCUUCAUUUGUUAAAUAACAUGCCAGAAUUGCUAGCGAAUCGUGAUGAAGUUGAUGCCAGCGAAAGACGACAAAGUCUUAUGCAACUUCAAUGUGAAUUAACGCAAUGCACAAAUGCGCUUCUGCAAGCGUCCGCGCAUGAUGAGAGCAUGACAAGCAAUGAUAGCGGCGCAGCUGCAUAUUCGAUGGAGCUGCAGCAGUUGAAAAACAUCUAUUCUAAACUGCGUCAGGAUUUUCACAAACUAUACAGCUGAUAGUGAGCACAGCAAAGUAACUGUUACCUAUUCCAUCUCGUGUUCUGAUUAUAGUUUUUGUAGUAAGCUACAUACCUUCCUAAAUAAAAAUAAAAAUAAUAAUAAUUAAGCAGACAGCUACUGCUAUAAAAUUCUAA